AUGGAGACAAUACUCAAGCAUACCUUGAAUAUCAUCUACCGGGCCUGCAACCACGGACGCACCUAUUCUCAGCAGCAGGAACACAAGAAAGACGUCCGCCACGCAGAAGAGCAAGCCCGUGUCCUCGAACAAAGGCCGCCUCCCCUGCCAAACGCUCGCAACAAUCUAUCGCAAGGCUCACUGUCUACCCAUCCGCAGCAAUUGUCUCCACUAUUCACCAAGCUCCCGCGGGAGAUCCGAGAACACAUUUACGAGCUCGUCCUCGGCGGCGACAUCAUCCACCUCGUCGACGUCUCCCAGCGCAUCGCGCACCACAGAUACGCGCACAAUGAGGGAGACACCGAGAGCCAAGACCAGCCGACCGGCACCGUCGCCCUGCAGAACCCGCUCGGACCCCGCGCGCCUCCCACCGUCACGUGGCUCGACGAGCGAAACCGUAUCCCGCGCCCGGCCCAGUUCUCGUCGGGUUCGCUAUCCCUGCCCCUGACGUGCCACGCCGUCUACGUCGAAGCCAUCCCGGUCCUCUACCGAAGCAACACUUUCUCCAUGGCCUCGCCGCUCGUCCUGAUCUACUUGAAAGAUUACGUCCUGCGGCCGUGGCGUUUUGCCGAGAUCCGCCACCUUCGCCUGAACCCCUGGGUCCGCUUCGACAACCCGGCCCACUUUGGCGGCCGCGUGCCGGCGCCGCACGACGUGGAGACGUGGGUGAGGUUUUGGGGGAUUGUGGCGGGAAUGGAGCUGCAGACGCUCGGGGUGUGGAUCGAAUUCUGGGGUAAGGAGGAAGAGUGCUGCGUGGAGGCGGGCUGGGUACGGCCUAUGCUGGAAAUUAGGGAAGUCGGUAGGAUAGGGUUGAGUAUAGAACGUCGAAUUAAUCUAUAUAAACGGCAACGGCUACAUGGAUUGGAGACGGAGAUUAAGAAGAGAUGGACGCGGGCUUAA